CCUGAAGGAGGCGAGGGGUUAGGAAGCUUCAAAGGAGGCGAGGUGUGAUCGGUCCCCGGAGGAUUCAUUAACAGCUAAUGGUCCUGAUGAGGAAAUGUGUGGAAAAAAGUAGCAGGGAAUCACAGGAAGUGAUGUCCCGGGAGCGGAAGCCUCUGAUUGGACGGCAGAUUCCCGGCAGCUGCUAUAAAACCUGAAGCUCCAACGAGAAGCAGAAACAGAGAGGAGACACCGGACACAGAGACACCCUCCAGCCUCAAGAUGCAAUUGUGCGGCCGUUUGCUGGUUUCCUGUUUGAUCUUCAUCACUGUUCUCCACGUCAGCGCCGGCGGUUUCAGACAGCAGCAGCAUUUAGACUGGCCCACCUCCAGGAGACUGGGGGGUCUCCGCCCCCGUCAUGGAGGGGUGAAGGAGGGGGAGGAGCUAACGGCAAAGCUGCUCCGGUUCGAUGAGCUAGUUAGGAUGGAGAAUGACGUCAUGGAGCCGAAGAGGAAGAGGAGUUUCCCUGGCAACAGCGCCCCCCUGGACCGCCUGUCCAUCAGCUCCAUGGAAACCAAACAGGGAGCUACCAAGCAGAGAAAGGUGUCAGAGUUGCCACGGCAACGAGUGAACCCGCCCCCCAUCGACCGGAUCGGGAUGAGUCGCCUCCCGAACGGCCGAGGGUAGGCCCCUCCCCGCCCGGUGACGCUAUACCCCCUCUAUAAGUCCCGCCCCUCUGCCCAGGUGCGUCAUUGACACACUGAAAGGUUUCCUUAAAGUUUAUUCAAACAGUUCUUUUCUCUGCAGAGGAAUCACCUCGAUGCAUGACCCAGCCAAUCACUGACCGCCACGCCCACCUGUCAAUCAUCCCCCCCACAGUGAUGAAUGAUGGUGCAUUCAGGUGCUGCUCUGUAAACGUGUCAAUGGAAGUCAGGACCAAAAUAAUGGUUUACGUCUUAAUGGAAACGACUCAAACGGAUUUGAAAUCCUCUAAACUUUCACAAUGAGAAAUCCUUAGAGAAUCGGUAAAUGUUUUCACCCUUAAAGGACUUUGUACUUGUACUUCUCAGAUGUGAUAUUCUCUACUGUUUAGUUUUUUUACUGAUUAGGGAUAAUUAUACAAAAUCCUGUUGAUGAAUAAAUCAUAAGCACUACCCAGCAGUUUUUAAAGAAGUUCAAUUGUGAUGAAAAUUCAUAUUUAAAGACAAUAAUGUGAGAGGCUUCUUCUGCACAUUAACUGCUUUUACUUUCAGUGCUUGAACUCGUGAAGACGUUUUUAAUCCUGCUAUAGUUACAUUUUACUUCCACACCUGCUCGCUCAGACUCUUGCCUCCUGCCACAGGAACUCAACACUGACAGUUAUAAUAGAACUUCCCUGCAGUAUUUUUCAGUGUGUCCCCUGAAUGCACCACCACAGAACCCCCCCCCCCCCCCCCCCCCCACCACCCUUCUGACUGGAGGUGUCCUUCACCUCGACGCUGACCCCUUGACACGACUCCAGUUUGUGUCUCCGGUUGUGUUCCUGCAGCAGCUCCACGGCACCGAGCCAGACUUUAAUGAGACAAAAACCAAACUCAUACUUCAAUUAAAGAGUCCUCUCCUGCUGAGGGGGCACAUCAGUACGUUACGUAGUGAUGUCACUAUGUUCCAGAACUUUGGGAUUUCAGCCUCUGCGGACCAUUGACAUGCACUAAAGCGGUCAUGAGAGGAACUGAAAUCUGAAACGGAGAAUUUAAUUCGUCUGUAAGUGCAUUUUAAUGUCAGGACCCAGGAGAAUAAAUCAGAGUGUGUGUGCUCCUGAGGAAGGCUAUGAUCCUUUGAGUCUCGGUGCAGUGGAGUCCUGCUCCUCUGAUCCUGUUUAAAGCUUCUCGCUGUCUUAUUGUUCAAAUUAAAUAAAAAGUUCACGCUG